CAAAAAUGAAAAACAGAUGCUGAAAAAUUGCAUAAAUUUGUGUAGACUUUCUUGUGAAAUUAUGAUGUAGUUCAAGCUAAUAAUGGGGGAUUUUAGUCCACCCGUUACCAUCACGGAGCUUGUACAGCUGUCCAAUAUUGGGGUCCCUAUAGAUCAAGUAACAUGGAAGCGUGUCACUAUGACCUCAGAAAAAUGCAUCUGUAUACGACACAACAAGUUGAGCCAUCUUGUGUCGCCCACUCACAACAGAAAUAUCUCAGCAUUUCUGUCUAAAGGGAAGUCAUCAACACAAUCAGGGCCUUGCUUGGUUACAGUAUUGAACCCUCAUCGUUACCAUGGCUUCCCAAGAGCCUGGCAUGCCAACGCAGACUCUGCUCAAAUGAACCCUGAAAAACACAUCUUAGCAAUUAAAUCUGGUCAAUGCCUUCAAGUAUUCAACCUAGAAACACAAAAAGAACUCUAUAAGUACAGACUUCCUCCUAAAGAUGGCAUUGUGUACUGGACCUGGAUAAACUCUGAAGUCAUUGGCAUAGUAACACAACUUGUUGUUUAUCAUUGGAGCCUAAAUAAAGAUAAGCCUAUGCCUGAGAAAUUGUUUAAUCGACAUGCCCGUCUUGCCAAAACUGAAGUUGUUGGUUACAAAGUUGACCCGACACACCGAUGGUUCGCACUAACAGGCCUCUUGGCUGAGGAUGGCAGAAUAUCCGGAGUGACUCAACUUUACUCUCUUGACUAUAAGAUGUCUCAGUGUGUAGAGGCCCAUACAGUUUGUUUCACAAGGUACCAGUUUGAAGGCAACCACAGCCCAACCAAUGUCUUAUGUCUGGCAACAAGGGUUGACAGUAACAUGAAUGGAAAGGUACAUGUUGUUGAACUAGGUCCAUACAUAACAGGAAAUCUUGCACCUGGUUGCCAUAGUGACCAGAUUGUUUUCUCAGAUGCUGAGGAUGAUGGGAGAUUUGACUUUCCAAUAUCUCUACAGGUCAGUACAACAUAUGGGUUGCUGUUUAUGGUAUCAAAGUACGGAACGUUUUACCUAUAUGACCUUGAAACUGCCUGCUGUAUAUUCUGGGUAAGAAUAUCUGAUGACGUUGUCUUCUCCACGACUCCCACCAGCAAUCAGGAUGGAAUUCUGGGAGUUAGUAGAAAUGGGCAGAUUAUUCGUGUAGACCUUAAGAAACAAAUGUUGGUGAGUUAUGUGCGGAAGAUAUGCAGGAAGUCCAACAUUGCUGAUAGACUUGAAAGAGUUCUUCAUUCACAGGCUCUCACUGAAGAUAAACUAUUGGACAAUCGCAGAAAAUUAUCCGAAAUUGACUCAGAAGCUAGUUUCGAUAGCUUAUUGGAGAAUAUAUCUGUCGAUUCUCCAGAACGAACUAUUGAUGGAGAGAUGAAGAUGAAUAUUCAGGGUGCAUUACGUAGUGCCUCUACCAUGAGUUUGGCGGAAACGCCUAAUCGAAGAGUGUCAGUUUCAACAGAUUUAGAAACUCAAAAAGAGGCUCCAAAUGAAAAUGAGGCUGCGAUUAAAAAUGGAGGACCUCGAUCUCAACGCGGGAGUAUAUCUACCUCUACCAGUUCCGCACGUAGUAGCGCACGAUCUUUCAGUUUGGACGACGAUGACAAUAAUAUUGUCAAAUACACAAUAUAUCCGAAGUACAGACAUAAAAGUGACAAAGCAUCACCUGAAAAGGAUAAAGGGUAUGUCAUCAAAGAACACCAUUCUAAUCAACCAGAAUCAUCGCCAGAUAAGAAAAUCAAGGUUCUUCAAAAACGACAUAAAAGUCCAUCACGAACCACAUGGUAUGUGCCGUCAUGUAUGCAGAUCGAAACUAUUGAGGGAUCAUCCGGGGAACGUUACACUAAUAAGGAAAAGGCUCCGGGAAAAUGUACAGAAAAAGAUCGAUAUGCUACCAUAAGUAGGAGUCAUAAUAUAUCAAAGGAACGCUGUGCAAUACUACGGGAACCUGAGAGUCCUUCUAGAGGACAGGAUGCGGAAAAACCCAAAUACUCUACUACCACUAUUAAUCACAAAGUGUAUCAAAGAGGGCUCUCGCGACAAUUUAGCUCCAGUAAUCUAAGUCCUUAUCGUUAUAACAACAGGAGUCAUAGCUUUGAACGCCAGAAACACACUACUAAGUUCCCACACCAAAGGGCCCAUAGUGUUGAACCAAAUCCUAGGCAUAAAUCAACCCCGCAAACCUAUAAUUAUUCAACUAUAGCACGAACUUCCAACAUUGAAAAGGACAUUGGACGACCACCAGUACCCAUUCGCUCUAAAAGUGAUGACGAUGUUCUAGAUGAUACGCCACAAAGAAGACAACGAAGGUAUACUAGUCCUGCUAAAAAAGAGUUCGGGUUUAAGACUAUAGCUCGUAUUAAGAGUGUCGAUAAAGAAGUAAGAAGCAAGUCUCCCGAUAAAAGUAGCACUGAGUGGUAUGUUGAUCCAGGUACCAACCUCAUGGACUACUCUAUGAAACUGGGAGAAAGAUUAGCUAAACAAGAUAUUGAGUCAUACAAAAUGGUAAGUCCCCACACGGAGAUUCCCAUUCCUCAUGAGGGAAUCCCCAAAUUUCAAGGGGAAGCCUCUGAUGGUUUUGAGAAAUCCCCAAACCCGAAAGGAAUCCAUCUUGAUUCUAACAGAAAUCCAAAUGUGAAUAUCCAAAGAAAGGAAAUCCAAGAUCGAAGGUCUGAUGAUAUACCAAUCAAAAGGUUGUAUAAAAUUAAUGACAAGUCUAGAAAAUCUCAAGAUACGAUUGUCAAUAAACCCCCGGUUCCACCAAGGAAGUCAAAGUCCCCUUUAAGAGUUCAGACAGCAUUACAAAACCAGAGGGCUCACUCUGAAAGUCCUCCUAGGUUUGACAACAGAGGAGAGUCUGGGUCUAGGACCAGAGGAGUUGUUUACCCAAGAAGCAAUGCACGUCACGGUAUUGAACCUAACCCCAGUAAAUACCGCGAUCAGUUUGCGACGAUCGGUCGAAGUCAUAAAAUUGAAGAAGAGCGCUUGCAUGAUGUACGCCGCUGUGAAUCUCCAUCGAAGCGCAAAAGUGAGGAACGUAGUCCCGAAUCUCAGUUGUACAGUAUCGAUAAUACACCACUGAAAUUUAAAUCUGGGCAGAUAAGAUCAAGCGACGCUCAAGUUAAUGCUCCUACGUCUAAAAGUCAACUAUCUCCCGGGAGGAAGUCUGGCCCAUAUUUCUAUAUACCAAAGGACAACCAAGAUGAUGUCACAGCUGACGAACAUGUUGUUGAAGAUGUGAAAACACAUAAAAGAUCCCCAAGCAAUACAAGUCUGAAAGAUUUAAUGGACGCUACUGAUUCUGCACCUUCUACCGAUAUCGUAUGGCUUUAA